AUGCCCUUGAAGCGCGAGGCGACGCAUGAGGAGCGCGCCGCGGCGCUGCUCAAGCGCAUACGCACCUCGUCCGAGCUGCCGAAGCGGAAUGAAGGAGGAGAGCGUAUAGACGGCGACGAGGUCCUGCCGAUGCCGCGGUUGAUCCACGCCCUACAUACGCUGGGUGGCCAAAGCGUCGUCGAUGCCAUGCAGACCGUGCGCAACCUUGUCAAGGGAAAGUGUACGACGCGCGCCCGCCUCAGCCGUGUGUCUGCGCCCGAGCUUGAGGAGCUUGGUGUCGGAGGAACGAGCGCGACACGCGACAAGCUCGUGCGCGUCCUCCAGACGCUCGGUACGUCGAGCGCCGAGACGGAGAUCGUGGGCCUGAGCCACGCCGAGCGUGCGGGAAACCGCCAGAAACAGCAGCGUGAAGAGGCGCUGCGCCGCGACUGGGGCGACGCGCCACAGCGGCACGACGAGGACGAAGGGCACUUUGCGUUCUACCCUGUCCUCGAAGAGGCGUCGCUCCAAGGGCGGCAUGUCGUCGUAAACCGUGCGCCGGUACUCACCGCAUGGUGCGUCGUCGUGCUGCAGUAUAUGGGCUUUGCCGCUGCCGAGGCACUGAGCCUCGCACAGUGCUACGUAAGUACUACGGCGACCGCGCGUGCCCAGUCGCUGGGGCGCAUUGCCAAGGCGCCGUCGGCGACCGUCAGUGCAAACCAGCCGCAUAUCGAGUUUAUGGGCGUCACGAUCCCGGUCAUCUGCCUGCGCUCGGGCCGGUACCGCGGCCUGCACGGCGGCCAAAUCGUGCCGCCGUCCAAAGCAUUCGAAUACCUGCGCAAGUCGAUGUUUCAGACACUGCCGCAGGUCAUGGGCGCCAUGAUGCUGCUUGCGAGCUCGUACGUCGACAAGGAAUGGCGGACGAGUGCAGAGGAUGAGGCGGAGCACUCGGCAGAGGCACUGCACAAGGCCGCAUACGGACUCUAUACCGAGUUCCGGCCCGAGACCGGCGGCGAGUGGGGCAAGCGCGGGACGCUGUACCUGGACCACAUUCUCAAGCUGCGGCGGACAUCGGAGGCAUUUGGGUGGCCGCAGGGAGGAGAAGAGGCCGAAAGGGUGGCACAGGAGGGCGAAAAGAAAGGAGGAACCAAGGAAGAGAUGCCCAAGGACGAGGGCUCGCAGCAAGAGCUUGGCACAAAAGCCGAGAGCUCUGAGCAUGCCACUGCAGUUAAGCAAGAAGCACCCGAACGCAACCAUCCGAGUGCAUCCGAGCCCCAGCCACUGGAAGCACCUGUGCACCCAACGGCCUCCUCCAACGAUGCCCCUCGCACCGCACCCUCUCCCCCCUCCCCAUCGAUCAAGCGCGAGCCAACAUAA